GAGAAUGCUGUAAGCGCAGAGAGGGAGCCAAAGGACACACAUUCCCACUCCCCAGGAAUCACAGAGUUUGACGAACCCAGGAAACACAACUGUCCGGUGGUCUCAUGGCCAACAGGAACAUGCGUAACACGAACACCACAAAAGUGGAGGCUCUGAUCGAGAGCUGCCGCAGCGAGGGCAAGUGGCAGCGGGUAAUCGAGCUGACGGAUGAACUGAAGACCGGGUCGCCGCACAAUGAGUGCCUGGCCAACUUUUUGGUGGGCGAGGCUCGGCUGGAGAACUACCUGGAAGACAAUGCUCCUGCCGCCGACUCCAAUUUCGGGCGCGCCAAGUCCGGCCUGGCCGAGGCUCGACGCUUCCUCCACUUGGCCCUUGGCGAAAGCGGCCAGAAGGCGGGCAUUGCCCUGGACGCUUACCUGUUGCUGGCCAAGCUGUGCUUCGCCUGCGGCGAGUACGAGCAGAGCCUGGACAACUUCGUAAAGGCCGAGCUCAACACGCUGGCCGAGAAGGAGCUGACUCUGCGUAGUUUGAAGAUCCUGGCCGAGUCGUAUGCCAUCAAAGGACUGUGUCUGGAGCAGCAGACUUCGAAGCCGUCGUCAAAGUUCAAGAAGGCCGAAAAGGACACGGAGAUGAUCAGCUGCUUUGAGCGGGCUACGGAUCUGGGAUUGCUUUAUCUGCAGGAAUAUGACAUCGUGAGUGGAAGCAGCAGUUCCAACAACUCGACUGCUGGCUCCACGCUCAAUGUGAACGCGAGUGUGCAGCCGUCAAGCAGCAGCUUCGCUAUCAGCAGCACCAUACCGGCAAGCGGCCCGAGCGGCCUUGAAGUGAACCGUCGGAUGGGCGCAAUUCUGGAAACGGCCCUACAACGGGCACCAAUAGUGCUUAUCAAGACGGAAAAGCUUCAGGAGGCCGUCGAGCGAUACCGCAUCAUGUUAAACGCCAUCGAGACGCGAGCCACCCAAUCGCUGCGUCUCACGCUCGCUCGCCAGCUGGCCGAAGUGCUCCUAAGGGGUGUGUCCGGUACGGUCUACACCCCGCCCUUCACCGGGAAAUCGGGCGGUGGAACGCUGCGAGGUGGUGCCUCCAAGAAGCUCUGGAAACCGCGAAAAUACGCAUCCCGGCAGCAGUUCAAUCCGCGAAACCAACAGGAGGAGGUUAUACUGCUGCUGCUCAUUGCCGAGGCUCUGGCUGUGAGGGAUACGGUUCUAUCGCAGAGCCCCGAGUUCCGUCAGGCCCGUCAGCAUGCUAUGGGUAACGUCACGGCUGUCUAUGAUCUCCUCACACUGGCCACUGUGCGCUGGGGCCUCGUGCAGCUGCUGAACGAGUCCUUCGAAAAGGCACUGAAAUUCAGCUUUGGCGAACAGCAUGUGUGGCGGCAAUACGGACUGAGUCUAAUGGCAGCCGAGAAGCACUCGCACGCACUGAGAGUUCUGCAAGAAUCAAUGAAGCUGACGCCUGGCGAUCCGCUGCCUUGUUUGCUGGCCUCGCGCCUCUGCUACGAAAGUCUGGAAACGGUUAAGCAGGGUCUGGAUUACGCUCAACAAGCGCUUAAGCGCGAAGUGAAGGGCCUGCGACCAUCGCGCAGUCAACUCUUUGUUGGCAUCGGCCAUCAGCAGCUGGCCAUACAGUCAAAUCUAAAGAGCGAGCGGGAUGCGUGUCACAAGAUGGCUCUGGACGCACUGGAGCGGGCUGUACAGCUGGACGGGAACGAUCAUUUGGCCGAGUACUAUCUGUCGUUGCAGUAUGCGCUUUUGGGACAGCUGGCCGAGGCAUUGACCCACAUCCGUUUCGCACUGGCGCUGCGCAUGGAGCACGCUCCUUGCCUACACCUGUUCGCCCUGCUGCUGACAGCAUCGCGGCGUCCGCGAGAGGCACUGGGAGUGGUGGAGGAUGCUCUGCACGAGUUUCCCGAUAAUCUACAGCUACUGCACGUUAAGUCACAUCUGCAGCUUCACCUGGAGGACGCAGAGACGGCGCUGAGCACUGUGCAGCACAUGCUGGCCGUGUGGCGGGACGUUUACGAGGCCCAGUUGGCGGGGGAGGAGGAGAAACACUCCGAUACCAAGAGCGGCGUUCACUUGGCACAUUCCUCACAGAUGUCCGACAAGGAUUCGAAUUCCGUAUACGCUGCAUCCCUGGCUGCAGUCUCACGCGUCGAACAGGCUCUGAGUGAAGCGGCCAGCUCGCUUAGCUCGUUUACCCAGCGACCAGGACCCCGACGACCCUGGAUGCUCCAGAUUGAGAUCUGGCUACUGCUGGCUGAUGUCUAUCUGCGCAUCGAUCAACCCAACGAGGCCCUCAACUGCAUACACGAAGCUUCUCAGAUAUAUCCGCUUUCGCAUCAGAUCAUGUUUAUGCGCGGUCAGGUGCAUGUCUAUUUGGAGCAAUGGUUUGACGCCAAGCAAUGUUUUCUGAAUGCUGUGGCCGCCAAUCCCAAUCAUACGGAAGCUUUACGCGCCCUGGGGCAGACUCAUUUGAUACUGGGCGAGCCUAGACUGGCCGAGAAGAUGCUGAAGGAUGCGGCUAAGCUGGAUCCCAGCUGCCCCAAGAUCUGGUUCGCUUUGGGCAAGGUGAUGGAGACCCUGGGCGAUUUCCAUGCUUCGGCCGACUGCUUUGCCACAUCGCUGCAGCUAGAGCCUUCGUGUCCGGUGCUGCCUUUCACUUCAAUACCGUUGGUCUUUGAAUAGGAACCUUUCUUCGGCUUCCCGUUUGGUUAAUUUGUAGCAGAUUGAACCUCAACUAACCUCAAAGUGAACAGCAAUAUUACUUACUAUAUAUAUACAUACAUAUAUAUACUUACAACUUGAAAAGUCCACACUCUUAUUAAUAUCUUACCUUGGUUAAUAUUAAUUGUUGUGUCGCAGUAUUAGAACAAAAAGGAUUUAAAUAUUGUAUAUGCGUGCGUGUGCUUGUAAAUUAUUAGCUAGCAAUUGUUUAAAAGUUGAUAUGUAUAAAAACUAAUGAAAAACGUCCCGACCUACAUCUUCAGGCGAUGUUGAAUGCGAUAUAAUAUUAAAAAAUGUAUUUCUUCCCUUGCUCCAACACUUAAACUUGUUCAGGUUGGAGCUGGUUUGGUUAACUUAUUUCUUUUAGUCCCUGGAAUGUUAAUUAUUGCAUAAAUAUUUGAUUGAUAUAUAGAUAAAUUUUACUUUAAAUUAAAUAAAAAACUUCACCAACUA